AUGAAGGUCACAGAUGUGUUGAAGAUGCACGGGACGCCGGAGCCGCACGCCGCGUUGAUGAGGCUCGGGCUCCUCCACGAACGGCAGCCUGGCAUGAACGUCGUCUUCGUCUCUCACCAGUGGCUUUCAAUGCACCACCCGGAUCCUGACGGACAUCAGUUUGCGGUCCUGCGCGAUGCGCUCGCAGCCCUGAUCGACGGAUCGCUGCACGUGGAAGCGCAUGUGGUUGAUAUCAUCUACAACACGGCGCCGACAAUGACCGCCCAGUUUCGCCGGGAUCUGCUGGACUCCUACGUCUGGUUGGAUUGGUUCUCGGUUCCCCAACUUGCUCUGAAGGACAUUCUUAGAAAUGAUGCGGAGAUCAGAACGCAUCAGACACUCCAGGCGAACGCCAUUCAGUCCAUCCCUUCCUACGUGGAGAAUUGUGAGACUUUGCUGAUACUCGCCCCUGACUUGCAACACGUGGACAGCGGCAUGUACUGCAACUACACAUCUUGGCUAUCUCGGGGAUGGUGCCGGGCAGAGCUCUGGUUCUACUUGCUCUCCGGCGUUGGGGAGCGAAUUCCCAUUGUGGCCUUCUCCCCCACGAAUGCGCACUACAUGUCCAAGUUCGCAUGGCAUGUGAAUACCAUUGCAACGGGGAACUUCAGUGUGGAGGCGGACCGGACGAUCAUUUCCUAUCUGGGAGAACUUGCCGCUGAGAGCAAGCUGCAGCAGUUGAAAGAGAUAGGCCCCACGAACCACUAUCGAUUCUAUCUGUCGAACCGACGGUACUUCAUGGGCCAGACAAGCGAUGCCUGGGAUAUGCCAAGCUUCCUCGAGGAGUUCGGCUUCGAUUCUUUGGAAGCGGCCACAAGCGACCGCAGCGGCAUGAAUCCUGUGAUGUGCGCUGUUUUAUGUGAAGACAUGGUGCUGAUUCGACAGUUGGCGGAGGCAAGAGCAGACGUGAAUAUCCCUGCGGAGGGUUGCGGCGCUGUGAGCCUGUACGAUGGCAUGACGCCACUGAUAGUGGCCGCCCGGACAGGCCAGUCUCCUCAAAUGCUGUCACUGCUUGUGGAUCUGAAGCUGGGUUGCUGUUCAGGAACAUCGACUAAGAAGGCGGACGUCCAAGCCAGGACCCUUUCGGGCGUUGAUGCUUUGCUCCUUUGCCGAAAUGUCGCCCAGAUCCAAGUGCUUCUGGAGGCGCUCAUUGCCCCCAACCAUUGGCAAUGCCAUGCUGUGAUGCCACCCAUGACCCCGACCGCCCUGGCAAAGCCACCCGCUGUGCCCGCCAGCUGCCCCUACCAAUGCGACGUGCUGGCCUUAAGGCAAGGGCAGAUGUCCAUGGAUUCGGGAUGCCGCAAGGCUGCCGGGGACCACUCAGGGAGCCCCAGGCAUGCUGCCGCUUUGUUCACGGGCAUUGCUGAGACCUUUGGUGUGUGUUUGGGACAUGGGACAGUUCCCAAGGCCAAGCUAUUGUUGGCCUGCCAGGCCAACGUGAAUGCUCAAAUUUGCAUGUCUGGCAGAUUGUCUUGGACAUCCCAGCUUGCUCAAACACAAUGCAGCAUGCUCGGCUUCGCGACAGCACCUUCUCAGACGCGCUGGUGGGCAAGCUUGCCAGGAAGCACCCCGCUGGCCUUGGCCACCAUGGUAGGUGAUCAGGCCUUGAUGGCCUUCUUGCUGGAUCACGGGGCCAUGGAGCUUGCCAACGACCGAGGGCACUUUCCCGAGGAUCUAGCUGUGUCAGGUCAACACAAAGAGCUGCUUGCCGAUUUACGCCUGGUCAGUGUUUAA